UCUGACCGAGCACCGCCAGCGCGCUUCGCCUGAGUGAAGAGGAAUUCCACUCUCUUCAUCUACUAGAUUUGUGCACUCGUUCGACGUUCCACGCAGCGGUCGUCUCGCUCAAUGGAAAUAGAGAUGGAUCCAGGCUCAAAAAUUAUCUCCAUAAAGUUCGGCAACUCUCUGCUGAACAAUCGCGACGCGAUCCGCAAAAUGACAGCUUCACAAAUGGAAUUGCCGAAGCAGGAGCGUAAGAAUACCAGUUUCGCUUCCGAGUGGCAGGAGUUCGUCGGAGAUUUCCCGCACGCGGAAACCUACCUGCAGCAGGAUUUCGUGGAUAGGGUUUUUCCCAGCUUCAAAGAGUGCGUACUCGCUAAGGAGCACACGGACACUGAGAGCGUUUCGGACGCCAGCUCUGACGACGGUAACUCGCUCUUCAGCGGCUGCCGAUCGCCAGUGUCGAAAGAAGAUGGCGACCUCGUGCCGAUAAUCAAGUUAAUGAAGCCUCGAUCGACUCGGCCGUCAGCCGAUUCUUCACAUUAAGGUCCGCUUCAUGGCUAACUUUCGCAUCGAGAGUAUUAUGUCGUCUUGUGCCAUACUUCAAUAAUUGAAGUGAUCAUGUUUCACACGAUUUCUGAUAUUAUCACGCCCCUGUCGACGAUUCAUGUACAUUUCAAGCCCACCUUGUGUAAAAAUCCAGAUCGUUAUGGUCAGAGGAGGAGAACUCAUGUGCAAAGCGAGAAUAUUGAUCGUCUCUUCCUUGAAACGAGGAGAUUUAUGUGAUCGGUCGACGAGAUAUUAUUCGAGCAACCAGAUGCACAAAUUAUAUUUUCUGUUCACGAAAAUCAUAUUUCAUCCAAGUUGCCAAAUAUUGUGAUUCAGAGAGAGAUGAUUUAGAAGAAUGUAUUUUGUCGAGUAAACACGCAUCGCAUUA